GUCUCUGCCGAGAAACCACCAUUCUACUUUCCACUCUGCUGCUGGACACAACCACACCCUUCCCACCCCAGACAAGCCCCAUGGAGAGCUCAGAUGUGGAGCUGGACUUCCAGAGAAGUGUACAGGCUGUGCUCAGAGAGCUCAACACCCCAGCCCCGGCCCUCCAGAGUAACCGGGGCAUGUGGAGAUGGUCUCUGCAUAAGAAGGUGGAGAGAAAUCCAGGAAGGAGCUCUGUGUUGGUACGAAUUCUGCUCAGAGAGCUGGAGAAGGCAGAAAGGGAGGAUGUACGGCGUGUCAUCAUUCCCUUGCUGCUCACUCUAAUGUACGUGCUCACUAAGCAGGCCACGGGCAUCACAGAAGAGCUCUACCGUAGAGCGUACACCUUCUGCACAAGGCUGCUGACCCUGCCUGCCCCUUACUCUACGGUCGCCUUGGACUGUGCCAUAAGACUGAAAACAGAGGCAGCCGUCCCAGGUACACUGUACCAAAGGACUGUCAUUGCAGAGCAGAACCUGAUGAGUGAACUAUACCCUUACCAGGAGAGAGUGUUCCUGUUUGUGGACCCUGAGCUGGUUUCUCCGUCCGUGUGCAGCGCCUUGCUGCUGGAGAUUGAGGCAGCCCAGGAGCAGCAGACACCUGAGGCCUGCAUGCGCCAUGUGGUCUCCCACGCCCUGCAGGCAGCUCUGGGGGAUGCCUGCCACACAGGGGCUCUGAACAGGAAGCUGCAGGCCAGCUCCCGUCGGGUCCUGGAAUACUAUUUCCACGCCGUAGUGGCUGCCAUAGAGCAAGUGGCUAGUGAGGACAGUCCCAGCCGGCUGGGACACCUGGAGAGACUAGAGGAGAUUUACUGCUCGCUGCUAGGCCCAGCAGCCACAAGAAGGCGCUUCGUGGGUGACCUUCUCCAAGAUGGACCAGCAAGCAUCCCCCUGCCCAGCCCCUACAUCACCUUCCACCUGUGGACGGACCAGGAGCAGCUCUGGAAGGAACUGGUGCUCUUCCUUCGUCCACACUCCCAGCUGCGCCUCAGUACUGACUUGGAGGCCUUGGAUCUACAAGGAUUUAGGACAGACUGGGACUUGGCCCGAGUGUCCACCGACAGUGGGAUUGAGCGAGACCUUCCUUUGGGAAGUGACGAGCUCCCGGAACCCAGCAGCUCUGAGAUGGAGCGGGCUGCACUACAGCGCAGGGGGGGCAUCAAGAAGCGGGUGGGGCCCCCUGCCUUCUCCAUGCCUGGCAGCUGGGAUGGGCCCCCAGGGUUGCAUCGGAGGACUGGCAGGCCCAGCGGGGACGGGGAGCUGCUGCCUGGCGUCUCCAGGGUGCACACAGCCCGCGUGCUCGUGCUGGGAGAUGAUAGGAUGCUCGGACGCUUGGCCCAGGCUUACUACAGACUCAGGAAACGGGAAACCAAGAAGUUCUGCCUCACUCCUAGACUCAGCCUGCAGCUCUACUACAUCCCUGUGCUGACGCCUCAGGAUCCAGAGGUAUCCGGAAAGCCUGAGCUGGGAGAGCUCGCUUCCUUCCUGGGUCAAGCAGACCCGUGGUAUGAAAGCACUGUCAACACCCUGUGUCCUGCCAUCCUCAAGCUGGCCGAGAUGCCUCCCUGCUUUGACAUGUCCCAGACUGUGGACCCCUUUAUCCUGGAUGUAAUCACUUACUAUGUUCGCAUGGGCACCCAACCCAUCUAUUUCCAGCUCUACAAGGUUAAGAUCUUCACCAACCUGAGUCAUGACCCUACAGAGGACAUUUUCCUCACUGAGCUGAAGGUGAAGAUCCAAGACUCCAAGUCCCCCAAAGAGGGCUCUUCUCCACGAAGGAAAGGGGCAGCUGAGGGCACAGGAGCUGAGCUGUCUGUGUGCUACCAGAAGGCCCUGCUUAGCCACAGGCCCCGAGAAGUCACUGUUUCUCUGAGGGCCACCGGGCUGGUCCUGAAGGCCCUUCCAGCUGGUGACACUGAAGGGUUCUCCCACUGCACCUCCCCAAAUGCUGCUUCUGCUACAGGCUGCAUGUGCCUGCGUGUCAGUGUGACUGAGGUUGUCAAGUCCUCCAACCUGGCAGGAAGGUCGUUCACUACAGUGGCAAACACCUUCCGGACAUCCAGUAUCCAAGUCCAGAGCCAAGACCAGAGGCUGCUGACACUGUGGCUGGACAAGGACAGCCGGCGAACUUUCAGGAAUGUGGUCAGAUUUGAGGUUAGCCCCUGCCCAGAGCCAUGUUCACGGGCCCAGAAAUCCAAGAUGUCGGGCCUCAAUUCACACGGGCAGGAGGCAGAAAAGAAUAUGGCCAAGCUCAAUCCCCUUCUGAUGCCCAUCAACACAUUCUCUGGCAUCAUCCAGUGAGCCUGCCAGGACAGUAGAAGAUCAGGAUCCAAGGGCAGCAGACCCAAGAAGAAGGAAACACUACCUACCCACCCAUAUCACUCACACUGACAGCCUCACUGGGUAGCUCUGCUUGGACCAGGAUCCAGAGAAUGCCUGGGAGUUGAGAGAGCCUAAAUUGUGAUGAAGAAGGGGGCAUGAGAUGAAGAAGGACUCAUUCCAAGGCUGAUGGAUUGCUGGACAAGGCUGGGGUGGAAUGAACACAAGCACACACAACCCAGCUUCUUCCAGAAACUUCAUUCUUGUGUUGAUGUUCAUCUCCCAGUUCUCAAACUGUCUUCAUCACCAAUUCAAGCUCCCUAUGGAGUCCAAAUGGCUGCUGGUAUAGCUGGGUGGUUCAGUGGUAGAGCACAUGCCUAGUUUAUGAAAGGCCUUGGGUUUGACUCCAGCACCAUAGAAAGGGGGUCAGAGCUGAUGGGUACCAUUUUUAUACAGUGUUAUUGCUCAAGAAGAAACUGUACCUUCUUUAGCUGAGUCUGUACCAUCCUUUCCAGCUCUCAGGCCAUACAUGGUUCACUGGUGCUGAGGUGGGUCUGUCUCAGUAGAGAAGAGAAUGUCAGCAUUAAUAAAAGCACACUAAAGUGUU